CCCACAGGCACCAUGGCCCGGAGCAGGGCGCUGCUGCUCCUGCUGCUGUUGCCGCCGCAGCUGCAGCUGGGACCGGUGCUCGCAGUGAGGGCCCCUGUGUUUGGCCGAAGUGACACCCACAGCCUGAGCCCUGAAGAGAAGGAAUUCAUGGAGGAGGAGCCGGUGCUGGUCCUGAGCCCCGAGGAGCUGGGGCCCGGCCCAGCCACCAUCGACUGUCCCCGAGACUGUGCCUGCUCCCAGGAGGGUGUCGUGGACUGUGGCGGCAUCGACCUGCGCGAGUUCCCAGGGGACCUGCCUGAGCACACCAACCACCUGUCCCUGCAGAACAACCAGCUGGAGAAGAUCUACCCAGAGGAGCUCUCCCGGCUGCACCGGCUAGAGACUCUGAACCUCCAGAACAACCGCCUGACUUCCCGAGGGCUACCGGAGGAGGCAUUUGAGCAUCUGACCAACCUCAAUUACCUGUACCUGGCCAAUAACAAGCUGACCUUGGCACCCCGAUUCCUGCCAAACACCCUGAUCAGUGUGGACUUCGCUGCUAACUAUCUCACCAAGAUCUAUGGGCUCACAUUUGGCCAGAAGCCAAACUUGAGGUCCGUGUACUUGCACAACAACAAGCUGGCGGACGCCGGGCUGCCCGACAACAUGUUCAAUGGCUCCAGCAACGUCGAGAUCCUUAUCCUGUCCAGCAACUUCCUGCGCCAUGUGCCCAAGCACCUGCCGCCCGCCCUCUACAAGCUGCACCUCAAGAACAACAAGCUGGAGAAGAUCCCACCAGGUGCCUUCAGCGAGCUGAGCAACCUGCGUGAGCUGUACCUGCAGAACAACUACCUGACCGACGAGGGCCUGGACAACGAGACCUUCUGGAAGCUCUCCAGCCUGGAGUACCUGGAUCUGUCCAGCAACAACCUGUCGCGGGUCCCGGCGGGGCUGCCCCGCAGCCUGGUGCUGCUGCACUUGGAGAAGAACGCCAUCCAGAGCGUGGAUGCGGACGUGCUGACCCCCAUCCGCAGCCUCGAGUACCUGCUGCUGCACAGCAACCAGCUGCACGCGCACGGCAUCCACCCGCGCGCCUUCCAGGGCCUCAAGCGGCUGCACACGGUGCACCUGUACAACAACGCGCUGGAGCGCGUGCCCAGCGGCCUGCCCCGCCGCGUGCGCACCCUCAUGAUCCUGCACAACCAGAUCACCGGCAUCGGCCGCGACGACUUCGCCAGCACCUACUUCCUGGAGGAGCUCAACCUCAGCUACAACCGCAUCACCAGCCCGCAGGUGCACCGCGACGCCUUCCGCAAGCUGCGCCUGCUGCGCUCGCUGGACCUGUCCGGCAACCGGCUGCGCACGCUGCCGCCCGGGUUGCCCCGCAACGUGCACGUGCUGAAGGUCAAGCGCAACGAGCUGGCCGCCCUGGCGCGCGGGGCGCUGGCCGGCAUGGCCCAGCUGCGUGAGCUCUACCUCACCGGCAACCGGCUGCGCAACCGGGCCCUGGGCCCCCGCGCCUGGGCCAACCUCGCUGGUCUGCAGCUGCUGGACAUCGCUGGGAAUCAGCUUACAGACAUCCCCGGGGGGCUCCCCGAGUCGCUUGAGUACUUGUACCUGCAGAACAACAAGAUUAGCGCCGUCCCCGCCAAUGCCUUCGACUCCACACCCAACCUCAAGGGGAUCUUUCUCCGGUUUAACAAGCUGGCCGUGGGCUCCGUGGUGGAGAGCGCCUUCCGGAGGCUGAAGCACCUGCAGGUCUUGGACAUAGAAGGCAACUUUGAGUUUGGUGACAUUUCCAAGGACCGGGGCCGGUUGAAGGAGGAAAAGAAGGAGGAUGAGGAGGAUGAGGAGGAUACGGACGAGGAGGACGAGGAAAGGCGAUAGUGACAGGGUGAACUGGAUCUGAUGUAGGACCAUGGACCGCCGGACCACUUUCUGCAGCACGUGCCUGUGCCCUGUGAGCCCCGACUCUGCCCCGCUCACGGACACACCCAGCACUGUACCCACAGGGCCCCCGACACAGCUGAACACACAGUCGCCCAUCCUUACCCCUUCCUGCAGCGCGUUCCACAGCCAGACACAUGCAGACACCACGGCACACCCGCACACAGCCAGCCACACGUCGCCCUCCAAAUGGUCUCGCUCUUUGCCCUGAGCCCACACCGCCAUCAUGCCCUGUGAGUCAUCCAGAUGUGGGAAGGGUCUGACCCCACCCUGGCAUGCACGGGUGCCUGCUUCCUCCCCUGUGGACACACAUGUGCACGCACGCGCGCACAUACACACACACACGCACAAGUCACGUGCAGACAGCCCUCCGAGGCCUAUCUACCGACAGCUCAUGCCCCAGCCAGAACUGGCCAGAACAGCGAGCUAUCUGCCUGUCUGUCUGUCUGUCCGUCCAUCUCCUAGAGAAGACACAGAGUUAUCUCUGAGCUCUCUGCGGCCAGGUGCCUGCUGCCUUCUGGAACUCGCAAAAGCUGGCUUUUGUUCCUUUCCCUCCCUUUGGGGACAGGAACCUUCUGGACUGCUGCCCCGGCCCGCCCGCCCUGCUGGGGCCAUCGUCACUCCCUGCCAUGCCCCGGGCAAGCCCCACUG